UCAACGAGCGACAUCGAAACAAUUAUAUAUUGUCAUACUUUGGAAGAAGUAAUUUUAAAUGAAAACAUCUUGAAAAUAAUUAUUAAACAAUUGAAAUGUUUGCCUAAAUUACGUUUACUCGACUGUUUUGCUUAUACGAGCGGAAAUUCCGCCGAUUUUCAAAUACAUACUCUUUUGGAAAGCAUAAACGAACUGAUAUUUUUUGACAAAUCAAUAUUGGCCCCAAGUGAGCAACAUGUUUGGAGAAUUGGUGGACAAAGUUUUGAAUUGAUUGACAUAGUUUAUGAUUGUAUAAAACUACAAACAGUUGGUUUUCCUUUCGUUUGGGUUACGAGCGGUUAUGUUAAUCUGCAUGAACUUUAUUCUUACUUCAAAAGACGGGAAAUAACUCUGACAGUAAUAUGCUUCGAAGGUGAUGCAUCUAAAAGUGUGUCCAAGACACAGUUAAAGGAACUAGAUAAAUACCAAGAUGUACUAAAAUUCAAAUUUUCGAAACAAAACCUUGACAACGAGGUGGAUUAUGAAGUUUAUAAACUCUUUAUUAUCACACUAAUGAACUCAGAAAUCAUUAUUUAAUGAUGCUAUGUUUGUACUUUUAGAAAUUAAAAUAAUUUACUGACAAAAUAUUUAAAAUUGUAAAUUUUCCAUGUCUCUGACUGCACGCAAAGCUAUUGUAAGAAUAGUGGCAACACUACUUUCGCGUACUGUUAUGGAAGGCAUACACACAACAAUUAGUUGGUUGAUUGAGUUGGGCUAGAAAUUGCCCUUGUCGCUACAUAUGACACAACUUUUAAUACAAUUUUGAGGUCAACUUCAUUUUGAAUAUUCACUUCGUUGCUUAAACAUGAGUUCGGAAGUUGUUGCUUUACUUAUUAUAUAUGAUGCGCUCUCUUCGACAGCCGAAAUAAAAUGCGAAAUCGUUUGAAAUCGCAUGACCAACCCAAACAAGAAUCCAACUAACACAACCAACUUGACAAAAUAUCAAAAAUUUUUGAAUUUCAUCCAAUCAGUUGGAACAACUCAUACAACUGCCCCAUAUACGUAACAAUCAGUUGUACAAUUCGAUGAAAUUGGUACAAUAAUUAGUGCGUGUAUGCCUUCCAUUAAAUCAAGAAUGUUAGAUCAUUCUAUCAUUCCUGCUGUUAAAUCGGAAAAUCCGUUGAAAACAGCUGAACAAAAAAUACGACGAUAAAUUGAGUAAUUUAUGUUCGAUACUUUUAUGGUCAAUUUUGAAUCAAAAUUCUGCUAACAAGCGAUAUGCCAAUAAAUGAUUUCAAAACCAAUAAGUUGGUAAUUUUAUGACAGCGG